CUACAAAGCCGUGUAGUAUGCGUAAAUACUUACCAUAUCAUCAGGCAUAAUCAUUAAUCGCAUAAUAUUCACCAAGUUACAUAACCCGAUAUGAUAUAACAUGGGUAAUAACUAAUAAGUAAUAACUGWUGGUUCACGAAUGAAUGAAGUGAUCACAGUCUGAAAAAAUAAAAAUGCCGCCGAAACAAAGAAAAAUCGCCAUUAUGGGCUACCGUUCAGUCGGCAAGUCGUCGUUGAGCAUUCAGUUUGUUGAAGGUCAAUUUGUAGAUUCUUACGAUCCGACAAUUGAAAACACAUUUGUGAAAACGACCAAAGUUAACAAUCAAGAAUAUGACUUAAAAUUAGUCGAUACUGCUGGACAAGACGAGUACUCCAUAUUGCCGACACAAUAUUCUAUGGACAUUCAUGGAUAUGUUUUGGUCUAUAGUAUUACGUCCCCAAAAUCUUUUGAAAUCAUUCAAAUAAUUUAUGAUAAAUUAUUAGACAUGACUGGCAAAGUACAUGUUCCCGUAGUAUUGGUAGGGAAUAAAAAAGAUUUACAUAUGGACCGYGUUGUUACACAAGAGGAAGGACGUAAGUUAGCAGAUUCUUGGAAAGCUGUAUUUCUUGAAGCUUCAGCCAAGCAGAAUGAGGUAACAUCAAAAAAAGUUAGUAGUUAAUUUCCUUUAUUAUUUUAUUUUAUAUAUUUAUUUUGUGAUUAAUUUAUUUCCU